ACAUAGGCUAAAGAAAACGACAUUUUGACAUUCAUUUAGGAGCAUCCUCUUGAAUUUACCCAUAUUUCACUACAUUCUAGAGUGAGUGAACGCCCUACCUUCUCGAAAGAAUUGGGUCUCCGCUGAAAACUUUGGAAUAUCAUUGAUAUAAUGCAUUUGCCAUCCUUACUUUGUUACAGAAAAGUUGUUUUUAAAGCCCAGAGAAUCCAGGUGUAGUUCUGCUGGAAAAGCCAGCGGACUUCUCCACAACACAUGCCCCUGUGCUGUUCCACUCGUGACAAGGACAGCGACAUGUGCAUAUCAACCCUUAUGAUGCGGAGACACCGUCCCUGAACUAACUACAUGGCAAUUCUGUCGAAUAAAAACCUAUUUUACACUGCAAAGAGAAGACGAAGGGCGCACAGACUCUCAGCCAUCCGUCUCUAUUUCCAUUCCUUCGUCCCUCCAUCCCGCUAUGCGCCUGUGGAUAUUCCAGAUAUGAGACCUGCUCCAUGGAGAUUGCUGUAGAUGGCUGAGGAGCUGUGUACCGGCUGGUUUCGCAUUGUUGCAGGCUCCUUGGAGAUAGAGGAAUGCAAAUCUGCAAUCAUGAUGGAAGGAUUGAAAAAGCGUACCAGGAAGGCCUUUGGGAUACGGAAGAAAGAGAAGGGAGACAAGGACAAUGACUCAACGGGGUCCCCUGACAGAGAAGGUGGUUCACAGAAGAAGGCCAAUGGGGCGGCUGUCAAUGGAUUCUCUGGAGAGAUCGACUGGGACAGAUAUAACACCCCUACGGUGGACGAUGAAGGUUACAGUCUCAGGCCAGACGAGGAGGAGGGGCCAGGAUCAGCUGGCCCCAAACCACCCAAGGAACACUUCUUCUCCUCCAGCGAGUCGGAGGGAGAGGAGGACCACCGGAAAAAGUUUAAGAUCAAGAUCAAACCGUUACCAGCGGAAAGUGCCAACUGUUUGGCCCCCUCAGUAGAUGAACUCAAAGCUUCCAUUGGCAACAUAGCUCUGUCUCCUUCUCCUCUGAGGAGUAGUCCGAGACGUAGCCCGGGGUUGAUGACAAAGGACUCUAGUGAAGAGAUACAGGUAGCUCGGCCAAGACGUCCUGCACCCAUUGAGGUCCCCACAUUAGCAGCCCCGGUGCUACAAGUCCCCAGAAGUAAGAGAGCCCCAGCAGUACCAGUACUAGAGAAGAAAGCAGUCUCAGUACCAGAGGAUGCUACAGCCUUAUUUGGGCCUCCGCUGGAGACAGCCUUCGGAGAGCAGAAAACUGAAGUGGGUAUAUCUGAGACAGUGGUGUGUGACGUGUGGGGUGCUCCUCUACCUGAGUCUGAGUCACUGAGCCCAGACUUCUCUUUCACGAGACCCUUCCCUACAGGCACUCCGCCCCUGCUUCCGCCCAAGAAUGUCUCAACCUCCCCCCCUCUAACUGGCUCCCCCUCUGCAGAUGCUGCCGGUUUGUCAAUAAAGGCAGAAGGCUCAGGGAGGAAGACCUCCAUCCCAAACCUCGACAACAUUUUCGGCCCAGCGGAACCCCCUGCCUUUGGCGAGGAGUCUGCCGACAAGUGGGUCUGCUUCAGCGAGGAAUCAGCAGCCUCUGAAACACCACCCCCUCCAAAGGACCCAGCCCCGCCUCUGCCAACGUCCCCACCCCCUCCAGAAGAUCCCCCUGCCCCUCCUGUACCCACCUCCCCUCUCCCUCUGGAUGACCCUGUCCCUGCCCCCUCUCUCUCCCCUCUCCCCACCUCCCCUCCCCCACAGGAAGAAUCUGUCUCUCCCUUACCCACCUCCCCACCCCCUACAGAGGAACCAGCGCCCUACCUACCCACAGUCCCACCCUCACCUAAAGACCCUACACCCCCACCCCCCACCCACACCACUUCCACCAAAGGACCCUACACACCCCCCACUCCCACACCCACUGUUGUCCCCACGCUCGACUUAACCUCCAGCAUUGUCCCUGUUCCCCCUGUCACCUCACCCCCCAGCGUUGCCCCUGUCUCCUCUGCAGUCCCCUCUUCUCCCAAAGCAAGCACAUCUGUCUCCCCCACCAUCCCCCCUGCCCCUGUGGAAGCACCCUCACGCACCAUCCCCCCGCCCCUCGUCUUGGCCUUGGAGGAACGGAAGGGUCCUGAAGCAGCUGCUCUGUCUGUCCCACCUGCCCCGCCGAAAGAGGACCUCAGUGAAACCGCCACCACUGUGUCACCCAAAGAUGUUGGGCAGGUUUCCCGUGUUGCGCCUCCCCCUCCUCCACCCCCUACGUACAGGGCAGUGGUGUCCUCGCCAGGACCCACGACAGGGGGCAUGGGUAGUAGUGGAGCGUCCUCUCCGGCUCGACCUGCUACACCGUCAGCUCCAUCAGCUGUUGUCAGCAGCCCCACCCCGCCCCCACCUCCACCACGCCCUUCCUCACGACCCAAACUGCCUCCUGGGAAAUCUAGCAUGGGGGACGUGAGCCGGCCCUUUAGCCCCCCGGUCAGUCAUUCGUCCAGCCCCCCUCCCAUCGCCCCACUGGCUCGGGCCGAGAGCACUUCCUCUAUCUCCUCCAACAACUCCUUGAGUGCAGCCACCACCCCCACCGUCGGUAAAGAUCUCACUGUGUCUGUGUCAGAGAAUGACCAGCCUUCCCUGGUUUGGUUUGACAGAGGAAAGUUUUAUUUAACCUUUGAAGGCUGCUCCAGGGGCCCCAGCCCUCUCACCAUGGGGGCACAGGACACCCUUCCGGUGGCGGCAGCUUUUACUGAGACAGUCAAUGCCUUCUUCAAAGGAGCCGACCCCAACAAGUGUGUUGUGAAGAUCACAGGUGAGAUGGUGCUGUCGUUUCCAGCGGGGAUCACUCGGCACUUUGCCAAUAACCCGUCCCCUGCCGUGCUAACCUUCAGCAUAACCAACUACAGCCGGCUGGAGCAUGUGCUGCCUAACCCCCAGCUACUCUGCUGUGACACCGCCACAACACCCAACCCUGACUCCAAGAACUUCUGGGUGAACAUGCCAAACCUGAUGACCCAUUUAAAGAAGGUGGCUGAGCAGAAACCCCAUGCCACUUACUACAAUGUGGACAUGCUCAAGUACCAGGUAUCAGCGCAGGGCCUCAUUUCAACACCCCUGAACCUGGCAGCCAGUUGGCGAUGUGCACCCACCAGCACGGACCUCCGAAUAGACUACAAAUACAAUGGCAACGCCAUGACAACACCCGUGGCGCUCAACAACGUCCAGUUCCUGAUCCCCGUGGACGGAGGGGUCACCAAGCUACAGGCCGUGCUUCCCACCGCCGCAUGGAACGCAGAGCAGCAGAGAAUCCUGUGGAAGAUUCCCGAUAUUUCCCAGAAAUCUGAAAAUGGAGGCGUUGGCUCAUUGUUGGCACGGUUCCAGUUGUCGGAGGGUCCCAGUAAGCCCUCUCCCCUGGCGGUCCAGUUUACCAGUGAGGGCAGCACUCUGUCAGGCUGUGAUAUAGAGCUGGCAGGGCCCGGGUACCGCUUCUCACUCGUCAAGAAGAGAUUCGCUGCAGGAAAAUACUUGGCAGACAACUGAUACGCCACACUACUACUGCACAACACUACUGAACAAAUACACUGAACAUCAUCAUCUCAAUGGACUUACACUGAGUAAUGAAAACCUACAACACCACCCCCACCUCCCUACAGACAGACAGACAGACAGACAGACAGACAGACUGACUGACUGACUGACUGACUGACUGACUGACUGACUGACUGACUGACUGACAGACAGACAGACACUCCUUUCUAAACCCGCGAGACAGACAUGCCCAGGCCACACAGCCUGCUGUACCCAGCAGUAUUGUAAAACUUGCAUUUAGCGUCGUGGACAGUUUUAAGGUGUAAUUAUUGUAUUUGUAAAAUGUAUUCAUUUCAGAACAUCUGUAUUGCUGCAGUUAUAGACACCCACCCCAGGUUGACCCUCUCUAAAGCUACAUGCCACUGUCUCUCUCCCCUCUCCAACAUGUGGUGUUGUUUAACCCUUAACGCUGCUGCAGCUGCCUAGCUAAUCAACCGUACCGCAACCACAAACCCACGGUUGCAAUGGUGAACAAAAUACUGUAUUUAUUUUAGACGCAUUAACAAGAGAGUAUGAGGAUGCAUGUAAAAGAAGACCAUUGGGUUGUGUCAUUGCGUGAACUAUAGAUGAAUAGGCGCACCAUGAUGUCACACUCCUCCAGUCACCUUAACUAGAGGAAGAGGCGAAGCGAGAGGUUUCGCUCUCGUCAAAAUCUGUCCAAAAUAAGGCCAAUGUGUUUCUAUGGGCUUUUUUUUCAACUUAAGCUUUGUCGCCUACCUUCCCGCCUUUGGGACAACGACUACCAUUGUUAGGGCGGAGACAUGAGCAUUUCGUUAUUAUAUACAGAUCUCUGGCUUAACAGAGGGCUAGUUCUUCCUCAUGCUGCCUCUCACAUGCCUGUGAUUGUACACAGUUAGAGCUACCAUAGGGUUCUGGGUAAUAGAGUUUUUAUGCUGUUGGCUUUAACAGUUAAUUUGUUAGCCUGCCCUACACACUGGCACGACAAUGUCAAAGGACAUUGUUUAUUUGGAUGAUGUAGAUCACCAACACACUCCUCCUCUCCCGUCUUUGAAUGCACUGAUUUAAUACCCAUUUCAAACAUCCUCUCAUAAUUUUCCUCCACAACAUAAUAUUAAUAUUAUGAAGUCCUGAGUAGUUGGGCAGCUGCAACAAUAAAUCAAUUCCUGGUUGCAAUAUAAAAAAUAAUAGAAGAUGUUUCCCUUUAGAAAGAACCUGUACAAAGUGUCAUUUUAAAUUGAUAAUAUAUAUCUUAAAGGGCGUUUGGUGUUUUCCUUGUAUUGUCAAAUAGCCUUUCUGUUGUUCCUGAGACAGCAGUGGCAGACUUACUUCAGAGUACAUUACAGCAUUCUAUUUUUAUUUAUUGAUGAUAAUGAUUUAUUGUAUAAAGUAUGUGAUUCUGUAUAUGAAUAGAAUUUGAAUGGUAUCACAAUUUAGAAUCCUUAAAGGUAUACAUAUUUGAAUUAUCUUUUUUGUUAUCUGUGUAGUUGGGUAACCUGUGUACAGUAUAAUGUAUAAUUUUUGAAUUUAUUUCAGAUAUAAUUUUUUAACUGAAGUGCAACAGAAGAUUUGAGCUAUAUAUGGGCAUUGGGUGGGAGAAAAAAAGUAAAAAAUAAAUUAAAGAUGAAUAUCUACCUGGAUGCGUAUGUCAUGCUUUAUGAAAGUUAUAACCAUGGAUCGUCAGUCAGCUUUUGACCAUUUUAGGCCCUAUUUCCAUUCACCUCAAUGUGUUUCUACCUACCUGAAACCCACUGAAUGCAUAUUAUUCUGCGUCAAACAGCAUGAACACUCCCCUUCGGGUCAAACCAACCAGCGCUUGAAUCCAUGGCUUUAUUUUGCAUAAUGGGAACGGUCUCUGUGAGAUGACAUGGUGACGAGGUUUUAGAGGGAGGUUAGAUGACCAAAACGCUUUUUGUAUUUUAUGUGUGUCCUCCAGAAAGUCUUCUAUAAGAGAGAGAAAUAUGCUGAAUAUUUUUAAAACUGACUAAAAAAUGAAAAAUAAAUCUUGUUUCGUGUGAAGAGCACCGUGCUGAUAAUGUUAUAAACUUCCUGAAUGCUCUGAUAUUCAACAUAGAGAACAGAAAUGUGUGUGACGACAUUUAACUCAAAAGGUCUACUCAUGUAGGCAUCAUAAGUAUGUCAAAAUAAUAUCUGUGCUUCAUAAAGCUACAUAGCACCAUUCAUAUGCCUGUCAUAGAACUGCCAUAGAAAUGUUGCACUGUGAUUACAUGUUGAUUGCAUGUUGUCUGAACAUAAAGUUGGCAUUUCUAAGUAAGGCAUUAAUGAAUGGUGUGCUGCAGCUCUCUGUAUAGCAGUUUAGUAACAAGGGUUCAAACUAAGUUUUCCGGCAUGGAUAAUAUAAUGUACGUCUGCAUACAGUUACAGUAUAGGCCUGAAGUGAAGUGCUCCACUAACUAACUCUAUGACCAGUUGUUAUGUUAAAUGUGGGAACUGAAGACCAGAGCAGGGAGUGUGUCUGUGUGUGACGUGCUAAGCCAGACUGCUUUGGGUUCUGUACUCUUUCUCUCUCUAUCAACCACAUGUGCAAGCUGUGUUUGUACAGACAAUGUUAAGAGGAACUGAUGGGAAACUUAGUUUGCUUUUUUCCAAAAACCAAUAAAAGUUAUGAGCUGGACACAUGUGUAUGGAGCUCUCUUUUCUCUUUUCUCUUCACAACAGUGUUUUUCACCUCUCGGAUACAGUUGAUUCAAUAUGUCCUCCACCCAGUUUGAGUUCUGAUGUACUGCACAACACAUCAAGGUUGGCUAUAAUUACAUCGUCUUUAAGCCUUCUGCGAAUAAGCAGCUGUUUAUGAUUGUGUGCUAUGAGGGAUGACAAAAGGAGAUGUAAUAUGAUUAGCCUUGUAGUUUAAUUCAAUGUACUGUAUAUGUUUAUGUUUGCUUCCUUUAUAUUCAUAUGGAUAUAUUUGUUAUUUCAUCUAUUUGUGUUAUCCAAUGCACAGGAUACUGAAUAUGCAAUUGUUUAAUGUAAUGUACCGUACUAAUGAAAUGUUCUAAACAUGUGCAGGAUGACGCACUAUGCUAGUUUUCUUGGAAAUAAAGUAGGCGUAUCAAUUAUGUUUAA